GAUAUCAUUUUCAGGGAUUUUCCCCUCUUCUCUUCUUCUUUCUUUCUUCCUUUUUUCCCCCCUUUUUUUCUCGUAUUGCAACAUGGGUUCCGUGCUGCCCGCCGACGCUUUGGCUCUCAAGUCUGGAUUUAAGUGUCCGAGCCGCUCGCUGUCAGACGUGAUCACCUCGGACAUCCUGCACAGCUUCCUGUACGGCAGGUGGAGGAACGUGCUGGGCGAACACCUGGCGGAGGAGCGGCAGAGCGGCUGCAGCCCCAAGACCGCCUUCACCGCCGAGGUGCUGGCUCAGUCCUUCACUGGAGAGGUGCAGAAGUUGUCCAGCCUGGUGCUGCCCAGUGAAGUGAUCAUCGCUCAAAGCUCGAUUCCUGGAGAAGGUUUAGGUAUCUUCUCAAAGACCUGGAUCAAAGCGGGGACCGAGAUGGGCCCUUUCACAGGGAGAGUCCUGUCCCCGGAACACGUCGACCUGCUCAAGAAUAACAACCUCAUGUGGGAGGUGUUCAAUGAAGACGGCACAGUGCGCUACUUCAUCGAUGCCAGCCAGGAGGACCAGCGCAGCUGGAUGACCUACAUAAAGUGCGCCCGCAACGAGCAGGAGCAAAACCUGGAAGUGGUGCAGAUCGGCAGCAGCAUCUUCUACAAGGCUGUGGAGACUAUCCCACCAGACCAGGAGCUUCUUGUCUGGUACGGAAACACCCACAACACAUUCCUGGGGAUCCCUGGAGUUCCAGGAACAGAUGAAGAACACCUGAAGAAAAACAGGAAUGAUGAAUCCCACCCCUGUGACGGCUCUUCCUUGUGCUCCCCUUCCUCCUCCUCCUCCACCUCCACCACCACUACCAGCUCCGGCCGCAUGCGCUGCGUCAUCUGCCACCGAGGCUUCAACUCCCGCAGCAACCUCCGCUCCCACAUGCGCAUCCACACUCUGGACAAGCCCUUCGUCUGCCGCUUCUGCAACCGCCGCUUCAGCCAGUCAUCCACGCUCCGGAACCACGUCCGGCUGCACACCGGCGAGCGACCCUACAAGUGUCAAGUCUGCCAGAGCGCCUACUCCCAGCUGGCGGGCCUCAGGGCGCACCAGAAGAGCGCACGGCACAAACCUGCGGUGACCGUGACCGACGUGACCUCCCAAGUGUCCCCUCCUCCCCCACAGAUGACGGCUAUGCCCCACCAGCACCAGAUGCCCCUGGUGCACCACAUCCCCACUAUGGUGCUAUGAUGACAGAAACACGGGAGGGACAGUCGAGCAAAACAACGUUGCACUUUAGAUUAGAGCUGUAGUGGAGAAGUAAAGAGCUCCUUUAUAAAACAGGCCCUCAUUACAGGAAAUCAACAAGGGGAUGUGAUAGUAAAAGCAUCUGGCAAAGACAUUUCAACAUGUUGCCUUAUUUUGCUUGUUUCUUUGGCCAUCAUGUGAUCAGAAAUCCAGCAGGAGGAUGUUUUAAUGACAUGUCUGUAUUCUGGAGAGCUGAAAUAUACUAAAAGAGAUCAAGAUUUUUACAAUUUUAAAGCCUCUCUGUGUAAUCUUUAGAUCUUAACUGUCACAUGUCACCACAAAUGUGAGACAAAAGAAAUAUUUUCUAUACAUUUUGUGUUUUUUUUUUUUUUUUUUUUGCAUCACAUCUCACCAGCUCAGGUGAAAAGAAACAACAGUAAAGGGGAUGUGGACACAUUGUUUCCGCUGUAUCGUUUCCACACUGUAAAACGAAAAAUGUCACUUUAACCUUGUACAGACUGUAUACUUCGAAGAAUUGUGUAAUUCUAAAAAAAAAAAAAAAAGUAUUGUAUGCUACUGUAUAUGUGAAUGUAAAUAUG